CAGAGACAAGAGACAAAAAACGGCAACUAGGGAGAGAGAAGGACGCCGUGCGGUUCGACUGCUCAUCACUAUCCCUUGCUAUAUUGCCACUUACAGCUCCAUUGUGGCCAGACGUUUCGACUAGCUCAUCUUUCCCUUCUUGCGCUGCUUGUUGCUCUGUUCGCCCAUUACGCCGUCAAUCGGACCCAUUCCAAUCAUGGCAGCGCAAGCGGCCCUGAUCGCCGAUACAAUUAUUGGCAUGAAAAGAGCCUUACGAAGAGAGACAGAGUACUCAGGUCCCGAUGAACCGAUCACUCAGCCGACGAAUAGAGGCAACAAAUUACGGGCCAAUGCGAAGUACGUGCGAGAGGGCGCUCUAGGAUACAUCCAUCCAGAGCAAUUGUACAAGCAGAAAAUUGAACACGCCGGAUACACUCGCUAUAUCCUUCAACGUAAUCCGGUGCGCUAUGAUUCGGAGGGUGACGAGCUUGAUGAGGAUGAUGAAGACUCGGAGGCGGAUGCGGCUGCUGCUGAAGAGAAUCCAUUCUCCGAAAUCGCUUUGGAAAACCUCCUAUGUCCUCUGAAGCAUCCGUCGGAGCUGCCCACCCACCCGUCGUUAUCGCACGCUUACACUUCGAAGGCGCUUAGAAAUAUGACCCAAGCUGUUGAAGCGAAACUUCGACAGGAGCGCGCUUUGUUGUGGCGAGCAAGGAAUCUUCAUCGACAGUUCCUUGGGGAUGGGUCCUGGAUGCCUUGCGGAUUGUUUGAAACGGCGGAAGAUCGGUUAUUAUUCGAGCCUUGGACGUCUUAUGCGAUGCGCGGUUCACCGUCCGGCGAGCAUGCGCUAAACGGGCUGGUUGAUUCGGCUGCAGCAGAUAAACCCAACCAGGAGUCGCCAGCAGCCCAGGCAGGAGGAAAAGACGUUGAGAUGAUGGAUACUCAGAACAACGAGGCGGAGGUGCAGACAGACGAUAACACCAUCAAAAACGAUCAGUCGAUGCAACCCAAGUCCGAGGAAGUCGACGCGGCUGUGACGGAUCUUCCCCCGCACCGAGACACUGCAAAUUCGGAAUCACAGAUCAAUGGGCACACCGUGGCUGGUGGGAAGCAGGGCCAUGACUCUGUAGCGAAUCCGGACCAGCAUCCUAUAGAAGGGAAAGGAAAGGUUCGAGCAAAUGACGAGCAAGGAGCGGAAGCCGAAGCCGAACAACAAGACGAUCCACGAGAUGAAACGGACACGGAGAUGCAGGAUGGCUCAUCACCAGAGCCGCCUCGACGCAUGACUACACGAGCGCAAGCAAAUGCUUCAAAUCCAGAACCCGACCAAGAUUCUAGCAAGCUCUCCCCGUCGGCUUCCACUGACACACUCAACGCACUUCCGGCGCCACAUCCGCUAUUCCUCGUACGUGAGUCUGUGCUACCUGAUCCCAACUUUGGAUUACCUGCCAAUGAAGCUGAAGAAACGCGACGGCUACUUUGGUCUUUUAUUCAGAAGCAAGAAGAGACCGUUCGAGGAUUCGAGCACAUGCUUGAGUGCCUGCUCCGGGCGUGUCGGAUGCAGGAAGACGUCUUCGAGUGGUGUAAAGCGGAAGGGCACGUCGGCGAGUUGAGUGAUGGAGAGGACUGGUACGAUCCUGAAAAAUGGGGUCUCGCCGAAGGGGAAGAACUCAAAAAGGGAGUCGACGAAGAUGAGAUCGAAACGGUCGAGGAGAGCAGAGCAACAGGCAAACGAGGACGAGGUCGACGGGCAUAGACAACUUUCAUUCUCUUCUUGGUUUUUUCAUCUGGCUCGGGACAUGGUUAACAGGCCGUAUUGAACGGCUUCAAUCGCACGCAAUUCAACAGUUUUUGAAUAGAUACAUAGCAUGGAGUUGGCGGAGUCUUUGUGUGGGAGGUUAAUUGUUUGAAUGAUCUCAGGAUGACUUCUACUUGACAUUUUGACUUGGAGAACGACUAGGCCGGCAAGGAAUCAAAGACUGGCAUUCUAAAUAGCGAAAAACCAAC